AUGGCGGCCACCGACGACCUCAUCGACUUCAACAUCAUCGAAUCGCACAAGGAGAACAUUCAGGCUCUCCCCAGCGGCCGCUCAGCGAAAGCGCUCGCGCAGAUCUACUCACCACCACUACUUGGAGCCAACCCUUCGCCUUCAGCAACUGAAGACGCCAAUGCAGGAAAACGCGCAGAGUACGAGAAGGAAUUGCAGACUAUCGACGAAGCCGACGACCCUCUGGACGUGUACGACCGCUACGUGAAAUGGACGCUCGACGCAUAUCCCUCUGCGCAAGCGACACCACAAUCGCAACUUCUGCCCCUUCUCGAACGCGCGACGAAAGCCUUCCAGUCAUCCUCGCAUUACAAGAAUGAUCCGCGGUAUCUGAGAAUAUGGCUGCACUACAUCCGCAUGUUCUCAGACGCGCCCCGAGAGGUGUUUGUAUUCCUUGCACGACACGGCAUAGGCGAAGCGCUGGCACUGUACUACGAGGAGUUCGCGGCGUGGCUGGAGAACGCUGGCCGAUGGAACCAGGCGGAGGAAGUGUACAAGAUGGGGUUGGAGAGAGAGGCGCGGCCUGUUGAGAGACUGCUUCGGAAGUUUGGCGAGUUUGAGCGAAGAAACCAGGCGCGACCUCAUGAUGCAGCUGAGCCUACAAGUCCAGCUCUACCAAUCGCGAGACCUGCGUUGGCUGCAAAGAUCGACCCGUUCGCGGCCGCUUCACCUUCUGCAGCAGCACCACAGCAAGCUCGGUCAACAGCAAGCAAGAAGUCGAAAGGAUCGAAAAUGGCUAUCUUUUCGGACAGCGACGACUCUUCAUCACGACCAAGCUCUGGUAGCGGAGCAAAGGGUUGGGAUAACAUUGGUAGCCUCGCAGAGCGAAAGAAGGAGAAUACCGUGGAGGCAAAGCCAUGGGUAGGCGAGAAGCUCAAAGGAGGCAAGACGAACGGUGGCAUGAUGAAGAUGGCUGUGUUCAAGGACCAGAGUGUGCGGAAUCCAAAGACCGGAAGGCUAGAGUGUGUUUAUGUUGACCUGGAGUCCAUCUACCCAGACCCUCAGAACUCGAGGGUGGAGUAUUGCUUUGAGGAGUUGAUGGCGAGGCAUAGAGGUCAUGAUAUCUCAAGGCGGAAACGAAAACCGAGGACCCAGCAACAGCACGCAGAAGCAGAUCAAGACGAUACUCCAAUGGACUUGGACCAGGAGCCAGACCUUCCAGACGAAAGCGCGCAGCAGGAUGAGCCCAUGACAGGCCUCGAGGAGGUAGUGGCGAAAUCAACCAAGAAGGAGCGUGGCUUCAAGAUCUUUGAGGAUGCCUUUGAGAUACCGCCGGUACAGCACAAGACCGAAAAAGAUGAGAAGGUGCUCGUAGAGAAGUUUUCGAAGACUCUGGCUCUCAAUGACGAGCAAGACGAGAACGCACCUCCUUCUCAACGGGAGGCACAACUGGCUAAGAAGCUGCGGCGGGAGGAGCGUGCGAACAGGACUCGCAAGAUCCAGGUCAUGGAUGUGAAGCACAUCAAGAACGAAACCAAGACGAUCCAGCUGAACCUCGACUCUCCUACCGGACCGAAGCUGAAGCGCAAGAAGUCUUCCGACAAGCCAGAGCCGACCAUGACCAUCAACACCAAGGAGGCUAUGGACGAGAUCUACGGCAUCUUCAACGUUCCCCUGCCUUCUCAGACUGAGGAGGCUGAAGUGGAAGACGAGGACAGCGAUGAUGACUACUCUACGGGCGGCGAAAGCACAGGGACUGGCAAGCUGUCGGGACCUCCUAGCGAAUAUGGCGACGAUACCAGGAAUGAGAUCCUCGGAGUGCAGAAGGCUAUCUCGGACGAAGAGGGCAAGACGGGUGUCAGCGAGUGGUCCGACUUCACCACAAGCAAGCACGUUCCCAAAGACGAUGUCGCAGACUCCAUACUUGAGUCGACCCAAAGCACAUCUUGGGAAGUCUACCAAGACCAAUCGCAGUCCCAAAGCGCACCGCUACCGGAAGACGAUGAAGCCGACGACCUCAUCACGCCCAUUGACGAGAAUCCGCGUACACGCUACGUUCCGGUACCACCAGAAGGUUACGAGCCUCCUAUGGGCCAGUAUCGGGACAUGGCUGUUGUUGCUAACAAUCGGCUGCCGUUCAUGACGCCCAUCGUCGAGCGCACGGAGUCUUCAAUGGGUCUAGCAACCGCAAGGACGUCAGAGAAGGACUACUUCAAUGCGAAGACGCCGAGCAGAAAGGCGGCAGCCGGCGUACCUGUGGCACUGGAAGAAGCAGAUGAGCUGGGAAGCAGUCCCUUCCAGGAGGAGCUUGGAGAGGUUGAGGCAGAGGACAGGAGGAAGGUGCUCCAGCCCAUCCGGACGAAGUCGACCAAAGGGACGAUAUCACUUGGGCAGGGUACGGCGAGAGGUCAGAUUGCUGCCAAAAGUGGCAGCACCAAGGAAACUUCGGACACGGCGGUACAGAAAGGCCCAGUCAUAAGAGACGAGCAAUGCAACCCCAUGGACCCUCAGCUGCGGCAGACCAUCCUCUCCCAGAUGAAGCCCAGCCUCUCCACCUACGAAGGAUACCACGAACACCUCUCCACAACAUCCAAUCGGACAUCAGAGAUCAAGAAAUACAUCCGCGUCCUCCAAAAGGCCUCCCGCAGUUCCACCAACCUCGAAAAGACCGCCUCCACCCUCUCCCUCCCACCCAUGCUCUCCUUUCCCGGCGCCGACGGCACCUACACCAUCAAGCGCGAGCUCGGCGCCGGCACCUUCGCCCCCGUCUACCUCAUCGAAAACUCCACCGCCAUCACCGCUGCUGAGAACCAAGAAAACGAAACCUCCGACUCCCGCCCUUCCUCCCGCUCCGGCAAAGCCACCCACCGCGCCCCCCUCGAAGCUUUGAAGAUGGAAGACCCCCCAAACGUCUGGGAAUUCUACAUCCUCCGCGCCACCCACCGCCGCCUAGGUGUCAGCCGCGCUGCGGACUCCAUCGUCCGCGCGCACGAAAUGCAUCUCUUCCGCGACGAAUGCUUCUUGAUCGAGUCUUUCCGCUCGCAAGGCACGUUGCUCGACCUUGUCAACCUCGCUCGGGUGGAGAACGGUCCGAACGCCUCCUCCGCCGGCCUAGACGAGAUGAUGGCGAUGUGGCUCACGGUCGAACUGCUGCGCACCGUCGAAGCGCUGCACAGCAAGGGAAUCAUCCACGGCGAUCUGAAAGGCGACAAUGUGCUCGUGCGUUUCGACGACCCCGGGUUAGAGACCGAUUGGAGCCCUACUUACUUCCCUAGCGGCGCGCACGGCUGGUCCAGCAAGGGUGUAUGUCUGAUCGACAUGGGACGCGGGAUCGAUAUGCGACAGUUUGUUCCCAACGUCGCGUUCAUCGCGGAUUGGAAGACGACGGAGGCGGAUUGCGCUGAGAUGCGUGAAUUACGACCCUGGACUUACCAAGUCGAUUACUUCGGUCUAGCGGGGAUCAUCCACUCGCUGUUGUUCGGGAAGUACAUGGAGACCAUCGGGGAGAAACACGGCGCGGUGCUCGGACAGGGUGCGACGAAGACGUACAGGAUUCGGGAGGGGUUGAAGCGGUAUUGGCAGACGGAGAUUUGGGGCGAGGUGUUUGGGCUGUUAUUGAAUCCGCUCGCGCAUGUGGAGGGAGAGGAAGGGGGGAAGAUGCCGGUGCUGAGGGGGCUGAGGGGUGUAAGAGAGAGGAUGGAGGGGUGGUUGGAGGAGAAUUGUGAGAGGGGGAUGGGGUUGAAGGGGAUGAUUGGGAGGUUUGAGGGGGUUAUUCGGGAGAGGAGGCGGAAGGGGCGGUAG